GCUGUACAGUUUGUUCUUUGAAACAUCUCCUUUCCAUCUCCAACAUCAUCGAAAUCUACCUUUCACUCUUCCAGCUUCCAACAUUCGAACCCAAAGCCCCAAACCCUAAGACAUUCUCUCCCUUCUUUCUCUCUCUUCAGAUUCAGACAUCCUUGACAUUCGCCCCACUGUCAGCCUAGCUGGUCUGAUUCACCUUUGCUGCUAGUUGCCAGCCACAGUUCAGCUGAUUCUCCGCUCAAAUUCUCGGUCAUCCAAGUCCCAAGAUUCAAAUAAACCCAUUUCAGGGGAGAAAUUGUUCCUUUUUCUAUUGAAUAGUAGUUCCAAGAUUCUUUUUUUCGUUUGUUUAGUGCAAGUUCAUUUCAGUUUCAGCUCAGAAAUGGUGAUCUCUCGUGUUUAAUGGUAGCCCAGAUCUUCUUUAGUGUCCAGAACCUAGAAGACAUUUUUUUAUCAGAAAUUUUAACCUUAUUUUAUGUAUGCUGGUUCAAUGUUCCCAAUAUUGUAUAGGAGGGCAAUGAAGAACUCGGUAGCUGGGAAGAAAUGGCUAUAUGCACUCUUCUCUGCUGCUUUCAUAUCGGGUCUCAUAUUAUUGUCCUCAAUUACUGGUUUUAGUUCAUCGUACUAUGCGUUUUCCUCAGAUAGGCCGUUUACCUCAAUUGUGAACCGUGGGCCGGGGCAUCCCCCGGCCUUUGCUUACUACAUCUCGGGCGGUAAGGGGGAGGCGGAGAGGAUGUUUAGGCUAUUGCUAGCGCUUUAUCACCCGAGGAAUAGAUACUUGUUGCACGUCGGGGUGGAGGGGAGUGAGGACGAGAGGAGGAAACUCGGGGUGCUUGUAAAGUCGGUGCCCGCGAUUCGGGCUUUUGGCAAUGUCGAUUUGGUUGGGAAGCCAGAUCCCGCGACUUAUAUGGGAUCAACACACAUUGCAGCAAUUCUCAGGGCUGCUGCCAUUCUGUUGAAGGUGGAUAGUGGAUGGGAUUGGUUUAUUACUCUUAGCGCCCGGGAUUAUCCACUGGUUAGCCAAGAUGACUUAUCCCAUGUCUUCUCGUAUGUUAGGAGAGAUCUGAAUUUCAUUGACCACUCCAGUGAUCUUGGAUGGAAAAAGGAUCAACGAGUUAUGCCCGUAGUGGUUGAUCCCGGGAUUUAUUUGGCUAGGAGGACGCAAAUUUUUUAUGCGAGUCAAAAACGACCGAUGCCCGAGUCUUUUAGAGUUUUCACAGGCUCUCCGUGGGUUAUUUUAAGCCGUUCGUUCCUCGAGUUCUGUAUUUUCGGCUGGGACAAUCUCCCGAGAACCCUUUUGAUGUAUUUCACGAAUUCAGUUUUGUCGCAAGAAGUCUAUUUCCACUCCGUAAUUUGCAAUUCUUUAGAGUUCAAGAACACGACGGUUAACGGUGACUUGAGAUAUUUCGUCUGGGAUAAUCCGCCCAAGAUGGAACCGCACUUCCUCAACGCGUCGGACUACGAGGGCAUGGUCCAAAGCGGGGCGGCUUUCGCCCGGCAGUUUGGGGAAGACGGCCCGGUACUGGACAUGAUCGACAAGAACAUCCUCGAGCGGGGCCGUAACCGUGUCGCUCCCGGGGCCUGGUGCACGGGCCGGAAGAGCUGGCUGAUGGAUCCCUGUUCGCAAUGGGGCGACGUCAAUGUUUUGAAGACGGGGAGGCCCGAGGCGAAACGGCUGGCGGCAUCCGUGAGCAAGCUCAUCGAGGAGUGGCAAUCGCAGUCAAAUCAAUGCAGAUGACGACAACAACGAAAGGGUACCGACACCAAAUGUCCCGAUAAUGGCCAGGUUCGAAGGAAACACUCCCUAUCGAGAUACAUUUUUCGUGACAUACAAUUCUUUUCGGGGAGAUUCUUCUUCUCUCGUGAAAGGCCACCACCCGUGUUGUUUAUAUUGCCUGAAAGGGCAAAAGUUGAGUUCUUUUCGGGUUGGGUUGUGGUCCAGGAGAGAAGCCAUUGUUCCUUCAACAAGAAGAGUCUCCCUCCCACUGUGUUCAUCUAUACUUAUUGAAAUGUUCAGUUGUGCCCUUUAGUUUAAUCAUUCAACUCUCUCUCCUGUAACAUUAUAUUGUGAACUGAAUUGAAUCCAUUAUUGCUGACCUUCAAUGGAUGAAUUAUUUCAGCCUGUGAA